AUGUCCCUCCGUCUCCCAAAGGAUGAGCUCGAGGCGCACAUCUACCUUUACCUGAAGGACUCCAGGUACACCAGCGCCGCGCAAGCGCUGGAGGAGGCCAAUCCGAAGGCUGUCACGCACUCCCGCAAGAUCGGCACCUCCGCCCUCACCGCCGCCUCAAAGGAGCUAGUGGCUGCCGCCGACUCUGACAGCUCCGACGACGAGCCUGUUCGCAAGCCGGUGGCCAAGAAGGCGUCGCCGAAGAUGGCCCCCAAGAAGGCCCCUGUCGCCGACAGCGACAGCGAUGACGACGUUCCCGUGCGCAAGCCGGUGGCCAAGAAGCCUGUGGCAGACUCGAGCUCUGACGAGGAGGAUGCUCCGAAGAAGCCGGCGACGAAGCGCCCCUCUCCGAGGCCUUCGCCGAAGCAGGCCACCAAGAAGGCCCCUGUCGCCGACAGCGACAGCGAUGACGACGUUCCCGUGCGCAAGCCGGUGGCCAAGAAGCCUGUGGCAGACUCGAGCUCUGACGAGGAGGAUGCUCCGAAGAAGCCGGCGACGAAGCGCCCUUCUCCGAAGCCUUCGCCGAAGCAGGCCCCCAAGAAGGCCCCUGUCGCCGACAGCGACAGCGAUGACGACGUUCCCGUGCGCAAGCCGGUGGCCAAGAAGCCUGUGGCAGACUCGAGCUCUGACGAGGAGGAUGCUCCGAAGAAGCCGGCGACGAAGCGCCCUUCUCCGAAGCCUUCGCCGAAGCAGGCCCCCAAGAAGGCCCCUGUCGCCGACAGCGACAGCGAUGACGACGAGCCUGUUCGCAAGCCGGUGGCCAAGAAGCCUGUGGCAGACUCGAGCUCUGACGAGGAGGAUGCUCCGAAGAAGCCGGCGACGAAGCGCCCUUCUCCGAGGCCUUCGCCAAAGCAGGCCCCCAUCGCCGACAGCGACAGCGACGACGAAGAGGAGCGGCAACCCGUGCAGAAGCGUCACAUGGCGGAGGAAGACGAUGAGGAGGACCAGCCGAUGCGUCAGGUCAGCCGCACCGAAGCCCAGUCGAGCAAUGGAAGCUAUGGCGGCCGCGGUGGUCGCGGUGGCGACCGUGGCGGCUUCCGCGGUGGUGACCGUGGCGGCUUCCGCGGUGGUGAUCGCGGAGGUUUCCGUGGCGGUCGAGGCGGUGAUGGCGGCGGCUUCCGCGGUGGCGACCGUGGCGGCUUCCGCGGUGGCGACCGUGGCGGCUUCCGCGGUGGUGACCGUGGCGGCUUCCGCGGUGGUGACCGUGGCGGCUUCCGCGGUGGUGAUCGCGGAGGUUUCCGUGGCGGUCGAGGCGGUGAUGGCGGCGGCUUCCGCGGUGGUGACCGUGGCGGCUUCCGCGGUGGUGAUCGCGGAGGUUUCCGUGGCGGUCGAGGCGGUGACCGCGGCGGCUUCCGUGGUGGUCGUGGUGGCGCCCCGCAGAUUGGUCUCAGUACUCCUUCGCUCAACACGAGAAACCAGAGCGUCAAGCUCGGCAGCGACAGCGACUAG